ACAGGUUUCCGAUCAAUCGCUGUGCGGGCGAGCGCCACCGCACAUGACGCACAGAUCCUCUCCCACCUUUCCGCCUUCGGCAAAAAUAAAAAAAAGGCGUAUUGACCGGCCGCUGCAGCUCGCGCCACUCGUGCAGCAGCACCGCUCCCGCUUUCGCCGCAAGCCAAUUCCUCUUAGCAUGAGGCAUAACAGUUUCCAUGGAAAACGAUGAUGUAGUGGGGAACAACAAAACUUUGCAAUCGACGAACGGGACCUCCUCUCCCUCACCCUCCCUUCCUUGCAGCAGUUCGCACGUAUAAGGUCGCCGGUAAAGAAUCGAUGUCGUCGCUGCUUAGGGACGUCGCACUCCUUUUCUGAAUUUUUCUCUUUUUUUUUCCCUCCUUCCUUCUCAGAACGCCGCAGCGGCUUUCCGAACUCACCGCAGGCAAAGUGGUUUUGGUUUCAACGAACGCCAGGUCAAAACGUUUGGGCCAGUCACCCAACUCCCACCUGUUUCUAGAAAGCUCGGUGGUAUAGUCUCCGGCACCGAGCAUUAGAGAGAGUAGAGUUAUAGGUAGGCGCCAAAACGUGUUGGCAAUUCGUAGCUACUGUGGCAAUCUGCCGGCUCUGAGUGAUGUCGACACUAAGGGCGUAGCGUUGCGCCUCGAAAGGCGGCUGCAGAAUCGGGCGAGUCGAUUAGUGAAAGGCUUAAGCGUUGCGACUUGGUUCCGCUUACGACGCAAUUUGUACCUCGAUUAGUGUACGCCUGUGCAGACGCAGUAGAUGCUUUGCGGUUCCCGUCUGAAUCGCUUCGAUUCGCAGCCCGGAUGGUCGCGUGCGACUCGUGCUACGCGCUGACGUGAUAACCUCCUAAAAUAUCACGUUAUCAGUGGGCGAUUCAGCUGGUCAGGGAAGAUGUAGCCGCGCUGAUAGCUGUCGACAUUGCAACGUUUUCAUGAAUCGAUCUUUUGGUGCAGGAACAGGCAUCGCGACGAACUUUUGUCCCUUAUUUUGAAGUGCGCGCACAAGACAGUCGUAAUUCAUUGCAGCGCUAGACGCCUACGUAUUCGGGAGAUAAGUUGAGCAAGGUCUUUGUUCAGUGGGUGUGAACAAGGCACGAUUGCAUACAAAAGCGUGAAACGCUUCUUCCGGAGAGCGAAGUGUAGCUACAGGUGCUAGGACCUGUGCUUUAGAAGCGUACAGUGUGCAUCGAGUGAUCUGCAGGAAAGUGUUGAUUUUGACCGAACGUGCUGUUGUGCUGUGAUCUAACCGUUACUGUUGCUUGAAGGAGACUGGCAGCCAUGUUGGUUGCUCCGGCCGUUUGUUGCCUAAAACUAUCGUUGCUGUAGGAAAGGACAUUUGAAGGGCGGUUCGUUGUCUUGAAAACGCCACAUGAGCCCUCACCUUCGUCUCAAGAAGCGACUGUCAGCGAUCUUGAGUGCAACGCCUUGCGCUGAAGAGGCUCCCUGCAAGAGCUGACGACUCCUGCCAGGACUAUACUGGAACGUCUGGGAUUAUGGGCUGCGUUCCCUCAACGCGCGUGUCGUCGAGUGUGCCUCGAGCCGAGAGUGUCAUGGUCAAGGACACCGGUUCGAUACCCACGACGCCGGUGCUGACAAACCCUGCCGGAGACGUUGAGCGCAGAGACAGUGUUUCCAAAAGCGACGGGACUGGUACUGAUGUGCAGGAAGAACCGCAGACGGUGUUCCAGCGCACACCGACGCCACGGCCACAGACGAGCGAGACCCAGAGUCCGGACUCGGGAGUUCACGAGCUAUACGACGAGUACGCUGACGUGGUGACGGAGUUCUCCGCGCCCGAGAAAGUGCGCGCCGUCGAGCUGGAGUUCAAGCCUCUCGCGGACAUUGAGCUGGUCGUAGAAGGAAAGCAGUGUCCUAGACGGAUGAGCGGCAAGGACAGGGAGCGGCACGAGCAGGAGGCCAUCCUGAACAAGCUCAGGACUGAAGGCCUCGUCCUGCGGCCCGAGAGCAAGGCCUCUGGUGGGGUGGCUUUCGAGCUGGUGUCUGCGGAAAUCGAGGACAAGCCUUCGACGAAGGGCGCGGCUCGGCAACUACCUCCCUUGCUUCAGAAGAAGAGGAGAAAAAACAAGGACCGCUCGCGGGUGACGAAAGAAAGUAUUAUCGACAAGCUCGAAAAGGCGGAAGACCGACGGAAGAAACAAGUCGAAGAAAAGGUCCGGAAGGCGAAGGCAUUUUUGGAAGAAACGUGCCCUCCGAGGAAACCAGUUGAAGAAGAGGCGAACAUUACGCACGCCGUGAAAAUGGCUUCCAAGGCAGAGAGCAGGGAGAAACGGCUGGAGGAUAUGGUUCGGAAACUGAAAGCCAAGGAGGAGCACGCGGAACGAGUUAGAAGAAGAAAGCUGCUGCGGCAAGCGACUAUCCAGGACUCCACAGAGGCGCCCGUCUAGUAUCUGGUU